GAUCAUGCAUGUAGAUAGGUGCAGUAACAUGGAGGCAUAAUAAUGAUUACACUCAAAGUAGACGUAACGAGGACUCUUUAGUCGUGGUCACGUAAUUUUGGAUUGUUUAACGAUGAAGCGACAAACCGAUACAAUUUAAUUGCACUUGAAGGCAACAUAUGAGGUAAACCGGAGCAGAGGAAGAGCAGCAGUGUGGACAUGUCGGACCCGGCGGCGCAGGCCUUGCAACCCCGGCUUCUCCAAGCCCAGUCUGUUGGCUCAGCUGGGUCCAGUACUGCCGCGACAGGCUCUGGGUCAGGGAGUAGUGACCCGGCCAGACCGGGACUUAGCCAGCAACAACGUGCAAGCCAGAAGAAAGCCCAAGUCCGAGCUUUCCCACGGGCGAAAAAGCUCGAGAAACUUGGCGUAUUCUCCGCAUGCAAGGCUAGUGACACAUGCAAGUGCAAUGGAUGGAAAAACCCAAAUCCACCGUCAGCGACACGGAUGGACCUGCAACAGCAAGCGGCCAGCCUGAGCGAGCCCUGCCGCAGCUGUGGACAUGCUCUGGCUGACCAUGUGUCCCACUUGGAGAAUGUGUCUGAGGAUGAGAUUAACAGGCUGUUGGGGAUGGUGGUGGACGUGGAGAACCUGUUCAUGUCAGUUCACAAGGAGGAGGACACUGACACCAAACAGGUGUACUUCUACCUAUUCAAGCUGCUGAGGAAAUGCAUUCUGCAGAUGAGCCAGCCGGUCGUAGAGGGAUCCCUUGGAAGUCCACCCUUUGAGAAGCCCAACAUCGAGCAGGGAGUUUUGAAUUUUGUUCAGUACAAGUUCAGCCACCUGGCACCAAAGGAAAGGCAGACCAUGUUCGAGCUGUCCAAGAUGUUCCUCCUGUGCCUAAAUUACUGGAAGCUGGAGACGCCGACGCAGUAUCGCCAGCGCAUCCAGAAAGACGACGGGACAGCGUACAAAGUGGACUACACCAGGUGGCUGUGCUACUGCCACGUCCCGCAGAGUAACGACAGCCUGCCGCGCUAUGAAACCACUCACGUCUUCGGCCGCAGCCUCCUGAAGUCCAUCUUCACCGUGACCCGACGGCAGCUCCUGGAGAAGUUCAGAGUGGAAAAGGACAAACUGCUACCAGAGAAACGCACACUCAUCCUCACACACUUUCCAAAGUUCUUGUCCAUGCUGGAGGAGGAAAUCUACGGCGAGAAUUCUCCAAUCUGGGAGGCCGACUUCACGAUGCCCGCCGCCGACGGCACACCGCUGGGACAUCAGACAGUGAUCAGUCCUGCUGCAGUGUCCGGCUCCCCCGCUCUGCCCAAAGGUCUGAGCAGCAUCUCCUCUCUGGGCAGUACGGACGCCGGAGGCGCCGAGCCCGUCACAGGAGAGAAACGUAAACUUCCCGAGGCGUUGACCCUGGAGGACGCCAAGCGGAUCCGUGUGAUGGGAGACAUUCCCAUGGAGCUGGUGAAUGAAGUGAUGAUGACGAUCACGGACCCUGCUGCGAUGCUCGGUCCAGAGACUAACCUGCUGACCCCAAACGCUGCGCGUGAUGAGACUGCCCGGCUGGAGGAGCGGCGAGGAAUCAUAGAGUUCCACGUCAUUGGAAACUCUCUUUCCCAGAAGUCCAACAAGAAGAUCCUGAUGUGGCUGGUGGGCCUGCAGAACGUCUUCUCUCAUCAAUUACCUCGCAUGCCCAAAGAGUACAUCACACGACUGGUGUUCGACCCGAAGCACAAGACCCUCGCCCUCAUCAAAGAUGGCCGCGUCAUCGGAGGCAUCUGUUUUAGGAUGUUUCCCACUCAGGGCUUCACAGAGAUCGUCUUCUGCGCCGUCACAUCCAAUGAGCAAGUGAAGGGCUACGGCACCCACCUGAUGAACCACCUGAAGGAGUACCACAUCAAACACAAUAUACUCUAUUUCCUCACGUACGCCGACGAGUACGCCAUCGGCUACUUCAAGAAGCAGGGCUUUUCCAAAGACAUCAAAGUGCCGAAGAGUCGAUACCUGGGAUACAUCAAAGACUACGAGGGCGCGACCCUCAUGGAGUGCGAGCUGAACCCGAGGAUCCCUUACACGGAGCUCUCGCACAUCAUUAAGAGACAGAAGGAGAUUAUUAAGAAGCUGAUUGAGAGGAAACAGAGCCAGAUCAGGAAGGUGUAUCCGGGUCUCACCUGCUUCAAAGAGGGCGUGCGACAGAUCCCGGUGGAGAGCAUUCCAGGCAUACGAGAGACCGGCUGGAAACCCAGUAACAAGGACAAAGGGAAAGAGGUGAAGGACCCGGACAUGCUCUACAACAUGUUGAAGAACCUCCUGGCCCAGAUCAAGACUCACCCGGACGCCUGGCCUUUCAUGGAGCCGGUGAAGAAAUCUGAGGCUCCAGAUUACUACGAGAUCAUCCGCUUCCCCAUCGACCUGAAGACGAUGACCGAGAGACUGAAGAACAGAUACUAUGUGACCAAGAAGCUCUUCAUCGCCGACCUGCAGCGCAUCAUCACCAACUGUCGCGAGUACAACCCUCCAGACAGCGAGUACUGCAAGAGCGCCAACACCUUGGAGAAGUUCUUCUACUUCAAAUUAAAAGAUGGCGGCCUGAUCGAGAAAUGAACAGAAUUAUUUACCGAUUUCUCAACGGACAUGGGGCGACUUUCUCUCUCACACACACACACACACACACACACACACACACACGACCAGAAACACAUCGCUAGCUGUCGUCGUAUGCGAGUUAAUAAAAGGGAACGUGCACGACGGACAUUAACAAACCUAACAUUACCUUUCCCAGAACACGCCGGGUCGACACUCUGCACACGUGUUUCAUUAAGUACCAAAGUUACAGCAGAGCCAGCUUCUUUAUUUAUAGUAUCAUUUGACCCGGUUCAUUCCGAUUUGCUUAAAGCUCGCCACGCGAACAGACGCGUGGAGUUGUUUCACAGAGAACUGGACCAUCGGGACCUAACGCCACGUUGCCUUCCGCUACUGACAGACACUUGAACAUCACGCCAUCGUCAUGGGUGUAAAGAUAAACGCUCUUUGACGGGUGAAGACCGUGAAAACGCAUGGCGCUGAAAGAUGGGAAGUACUUAUAGUAAUUAGAUCAGUUGUGAUUCGGCGAAGGAUGAAGCUGUUAAACUCGUUAGUUAGCGUUGCGUCGCCGCUCUACUCGCCGCCGACGGGCGUCAAAUAGUUCAAGCACUCGAGCGCUAAACAAAAAAUAAUCUCCCCAAUCGUUGCCUUCAAGAAAACACUGUUUUCAUGUUGACGACGACUUCGCAGAGAAUCUUAUUUAUACAGUAGUGAGGAUGAUGCGUUAUCUUCCCCGACGAGGACGAGGACGCGGUCGCACGCUAGUUUAGCUUUACCGUGCUUGCAGGUGAUGCUGUAGUUGUUGUCACUUAUUUGUUGCGUUGCUAGACUCUGUAGUCACUCCCGCACACACAUGCUGCGUGUUUAGUGUACAGCCACGUGCUUGUGAUGGUCACAUGUUUACUGGAUAGUUUGUUAAUAAGAUCUAAAGAAGGGGGGGGGGGGGGGCAGCAGUAACUCUGGGUUUAUUUAUCACACCGUACACAAGUUGCAGUGGGCGUGCACGGUGGACAGUUUGAAUCCAUAAACAUGUAACAGCGUGUCAGACGGAUGUUGGUGGCGCCUGCUCGUUGAACGCCUCAUGUGACAUUGACGUGUGUGUGUGUGUGUGUGUGUGCGCGAGUGUUUAUUUUGUACUUGAAUCAUGACUAGCUUUGAGUUUCUGAAGUGACGUCAGUGUUGCAUUAUUCAGGGUUGUACUUCUUCCUCACUCUACCUGCUGCAUUUCAGAGUGAACUGAUGAUGGCCACGGUCUCAUGCCAUUUACUGUAACUGUAAAACUGUUCAUGACAAUAAAGGUUUGAGGUUUUUUUUUUUUUUUUAUAAACAAA